AUGGCUUCAGUCUCAGAACUUGCUUACCAAAGGCUGAGAAACGAAGGUCUCUUUGAGGAAGAACCAGAGCAAAACAGAGCAGUUAUAUUCAAGAAGACAAGUGGUGGGUGGUCCAAGAUCAGGAAGCUAACUGGUAGGAGGAGGCCACGGGUUCGGGUUGCAGGCUUGAGGAGGUUUCUGAGGAGAAGAGCUAGGCUUUUCACAAGGAUCAAAGUUUCAUGGAGCAAAGCUUUGAAGAGGUUGAAGAAUGGGCAGGCUCACAUGAACGACUUGUUUGGUGGAAACUAUUUGUUCAUGCAGGCCAACCCUCUUCCUUUCAAGUGUGGUGAGAAGCCUUAUUAUUUAGGUCAUGGUGGCGGCCUUCACGGCAGUUUGCCCUCAAGGUAUUCUGUUGGAAGAAUGGUUUGA